UUCGCCGGAUUUAUCCAGACAGAUUUUCUCCUCUCAGUUUCUCCUCCAAACUAACACCGUCCACAUCCGCAUUACCCGCCCACUCGGGCGAGUCAAGAGAUGGGAGUUGUGCCUUCGACUCUAGCUCGCGCACUGUGUUCCGGCUGACGAUAUGGCAUACUUCUCGUGACUGGUUUUGUGUUUCUUAGCCCGUACUUCGAGUGGAAAAGCUUUGAGCCAUUGAUCUCACUGAGUAUCUAUCCUUGGGCUCCGUUCUAGGGACCUCAUGCGCUUCCUCUCGAGUUGGGCUUUCUUGACGGUCACAUACCCUGUGCUUGCGGGCUGCGUUCUUCGUUCGCGACGUUCUUCGUCGCAGCGGAGAUGCGGGGGCCUCACUUUACGGAUAUGGACUGCAGUCUUGAGCACCACCCGCCGGGUGUUGCUACUCCGGAACGCAUGGCCCUAGUGUUGCAUGUCCGACGGCACUCUGUCAACUGUUUAGCCGAGGAUCGAGUCUCGUCUCGGUGUGAUUUCCCCCGGCUGAUCAUCUUCGUCUUUCGCCUCCUUUCCUUCACACAUUGGGAUCCCUCCUCACUCUUUCUGAAACUAACCCAAACCACGCCAUCCAGUCUCAGCCUCGGAGUUCCCCAUGUAAAUAGCCCAGAGCCGGGUGGGCUGCCGGUGAAAAGAAGGAUAUCUUUUGAAGGUCCUGUCCAUGUCCGUGUCCAGGAAACUUGGGUGGCCCAGGAGUUUCUCUCCCAAAAUAGCCGCCCACUCAGUCCCCUCGUUUUCGCCGCUCACGUCCUCCCCUUGCACUCGCAUCCUCACCGAAAGUCGCAACCUCUCGGCUAACCCUAACCCUCUAGUAUGAAUGGUAUGAUGUCAAUGAGUAUCUCAUACUGCCCGCACUCGAAAAUAGAGAGGUGAUGAGUUUUACUGUUAAGCACAC